AUGCAAUUCUCUACUGCCCUUCUUAUCUCUGUCUCUGCUGCUUUAGUCGCUGCUGAUUCCGGUCUUACUGACUGUUACUACGACUCCUACGCUGUCCAACAUUGUGUUGACGCUAGCGGUGUCACUGGUGUUAUCAUCCCAUCUCCCCAAACAGAUGCUGGUGUCUCAUCUUACAGUGUUUGUUACUACAAGAGUGCUGCUGACAAGACCAUCUGUAUAGAUGACGAUGGUGACAAAAUUGUUUUCUACCCAGGUACCGAUAUGGAAGAAUCUGCUAAGACCAUCAGUACCAACACUUAUGAAGAAGCUUACAACACUGCUUCUUCUGCUACCACUACUUCAAGUGCUGCUGAAGCAACUUCUUCGUCUGGUGCUGCCGUUGCUUCCUCUACUGCUUCAGCUGCUGUUUCAUCUAGUGCUGUCUCAGCUGCCGCUUCAUCUGGUACUGCUUCAAGCUCUGCUGCUGCUGCUUCAAGCUCUGCUUCCGUUGUUGAAGCUAACGGUGCUGCCAAGGCCAUUACCCCAAUCCUUUCCGUUUUAGGUGCCCUUGUCGCAUUCUGCAUCUAA